AUGUCAGACAACUUGGAUUCCUCUAAUACUCCCUUGCAAGCCUCUUCACCGGAGACCGCUCCGGCUGAUGUUGCGGCUAAACUGCUGCCACUCCGACAGCCGUGGAAGGACGAAUUUGAUAUCAAAAAGCUGUUGGAUGAGCAGACUACGGACCGAUGCACUACUGGCAAAGUCCGGCUCCAGAAGGAGCGUGACCAGCAUGUCAGCAUGGGUGGUUGA